CCUAACUACUGUCUUUCAGCAUCAUCCAAACAUUAGCUUGUUGGUUAGCUUUUCAGCUAGCCAAACUCUUAGGAAAAAUAGAGCUCCUAGCCAAGCUAAUCUAUGAGUCGCAAACGAAACCACAGUUUCGCUGAAACGAGCCUGUCUCCUGAACUCCACGGUGCCUUCAUGGAGCCUCCCGGUUCAGCGAGCCGAGGCGACGGCGAUUUCCUGGAGCUGGAGCACGACGAGGAGCUGCUCUGCUCGGUCAGCGACAUCACCGAGCACCUCGGCAGAAAUAUCACCGUGGUGCUGGAGACAGCGCUGUCUGAGAUCCGCAAAAUGGUCAGCAUCAGGAUACGAGUCCUGAAAAUGGAGCUGCGCGAGAAAACCGAAGAAAUUGAAGUCUUAAAGGCGAGACUAGAUACAGUCCAGCGGGAUGGCAGGGAGCCUUUCCCCGGCGUUACGACCAUGGAGCCGUCUGCAGAUGCUGGCUUCAAGAAACAUGACUUCAGCUCAGGCACCAAACACAAUAGUAUCGACCCAAGGAGAGCCAAGGCUGUCAUGCCGGGUGUGAAGAAGGAGAAUAUAGAUGCUAUUUGCGACUAUCUGAUGAAAGACAAGAACUCGAGGGGGUGUGCUGAAAUGGACGCAGACCAGAGCAGCCAAGCCAGCGGCGACCGGGAGCCUCGCCAAGAUCCGGACCCGCACUCCCUCAACCUGUGGCCCGACAGCGGCAUGGCUGGCUCCGGGCACGGGCACGGAGACUCCGAGUCCACCACAGAUGACCUGUUCAGUAUGCUCCCGUCUGGCAGCAAACGGAUGUAUGACUACGAAUGGAUAGCACCAAUGGAUUAUUCUUCAGACCUGAAAGUUCUGAAGGAGCCGGAGUGUGAGAGCAGCCCGACGGCCCCGACCGAGGACGAUGAGGAAGAAGAGUCGCCGAGGAGGGACGGGGGAGUGCUGGAGCCGGCCCAGGCCCCGCUGUCGCACGUCCAUCCAUCAGAGUUCUCCAUGGAGCCCCAGAGCUCUCCGGGGGAGGGAGGGAGUCCCUUGCAGGGCAGCACAGACAGGCCUGUGGCAGGCCAGCAGUUCCCCGGCCACACCUACAUCUGCUCUCUGUGUGGAACCUUCUGCCCCGACUCUGUGUUCCUAGAGGAGCAUGUCAAACUGAUACACUCGGACUCUGCCGGCGCCCAGGCUCUCCAGGCCCUGCAGUCCACCUGCUCGGCGGCGCCCGCCAUGGGGGACGGCAGCGCUGACCCGAGGAGGGGCGGCGGCGGCGGGGGGCAGAGCGAGGAUGGCACAGGGGCAGGGGCUGGCGGUGGUGGCAUGGCGCGGGGAGCGGCACCUGUGAAAAAGGAGAUUAAAAUCGAGGGCGGGUACGAGUGCGGGGACUGCGGCCGCCGUUUCAACUACCUCGGCAACCUGCGGCAGCACCAGCGCAUCCACACCGGGGAGAAGCCCUUCAUGUGUCCCGAGUGCGGGGAGCGCUUCCGCCACGCCGCCCGCUUAAAAAGCCACCGGCUGGUGCACAGCAGCGCCCAGAGCCCCUUCCCGUGCCCCCAGUGCGGGAAAGGCUUCUCAGUGCUGUCGGGACUCAAGAGACACCAGCGGGUGCACACGGGCGAGAGCCCGUACGCCUGUCCACAGUGCGGCCGGCGCUUUAAGGAGCUGGGGAACCUGUACACCCACCAGAGGAUCCACAGCGGCGCCACGCCCUACUGCUGCCAGCAGUGCGGCCGCAGCUUCCGCCACCUGGGGACGUACAAGAGCCACCGCUGCACGCCGCUAGGGGUGUAAAUCAUAAGUUUUUUUUUUAAAUCACGAUACAAUAUUAUAUUGAUUCUUUGGACAACGGUCGGAUGUUAGCCGAUAUCUCAAAGUCUGUCGCGAUACGAUGGCCAUUCAAUUCAGGGGCCUGCGAUCGAUAUGAGACGACAUCAUGCACCCAUUUAACACAGUCACACUACACUAAAAAUAUGAUUAGGAUCGGGCAUCGGUUAGGGCUGCACGAUACGAGGAAAAUAUGCGAUGACGUUGUUGAAUAUCGCGAUAACGAUAUUACUUGCGAUAAAUAAACAGAUAUUAAAGUGUGCUCAAUUCUGCAUUUCUGCUGCUCUUAGUAUUCUGCUAAUUACAACAAAUCGCUAGUUGAAUUUAAAACAGAGGAAAUCAUUUCCAACAUCUUUUCAUUGAACAAAUUGAAGAUUGAAUUGAACAUAAAAGGCACCACGAUGACGAUAAAAAAACGAUAUAGUGUGCAGCCCUAGCAUCGAGAACUGGUUCAGAAAUUACGAUUCCAACUUUUGGAAACGUUUGGAAAAUGUGGGUUUGAAUCCGAUCGUCGGUUCCAAAUUGAACACAGGCAAGUUUUGGGGUUCGUAGCGACCGCCGUACUUCCAGGCUUCUUGUUGUGUUGCAGCCAUGGAGCACAGUAAGCGGCGCUCUAAUGUGUGGCUUUAUUCUACAUGUAAAAAAAAAACAAAGCCCGUCAAAAUAAAACCUUCCUCUUAUCUGUGAAAUAAGCAUGUGACCCGUUUCAACUCCACUGCUCAAAAGAAUCGAUAAGAAUCGGAAUUUGAAUCAGAAUUGUUAAAGGGGUGAUAGAAUGAUUAUAUAGGGUAUUUCACACUGUUCCUUAUGGUC